AUGAAUUCUUCCAUACCGGCUGCAAAUUCGAAAGGCGACCUCCCCUCCCCUUUUCAAAGCCCUCCUCAUCUAGCCGUGCUAUCCCUCUUUCAUGGCUUGGCCAUCGUCUUUACAAUCGUUCGUUUAACGCGUCGAAUUCGCAUACGUCGGUUUUCAUGGGAUGACACAUGGGCUGCCGUUUCCCUGGUCUUCCUCGUAAUAUAUAUGGCGGCGAUCUGGCACAAGUUGAAAAUGGUUAAAGGAGGGCAAUCCGUCGACCUCCAGACCUUCAGAAAUAGACUGCGUACGCUGUAUAAGCUUAAUAUUGCGACGUAUACUGCAGUUGUAUGGUCUUCUCGGGUCUCCCUUUCUCUCUCUAUUGCCCGUAUCUUCCCGCAAGGUCGACUCCGCUUAACCGCCAUUAUUCUAUCUAUCAUCUGUUUAUUAACGGGACUUGUCCUCAUCAUCGGCAAGACGGUUACCUGUAGCAUAUCGUUUCCGGACCCUUCUCCCGCUGGUAAACCACAGGUGGAUUGUAUGAAUAGUAUAGGGUCCUUAUUUGUUGUCCAGAUCGUUGGUGACAUCCUUUCCUCCGUCACCCUCGUCAUUUUCCCCAUUCGAGCACUCUUUCCGAACACCUCUGAGCUCCCCCCCUCUGAACGCCGGCUGAUUCUAGUACUUCUCACGAGUACAACGGUGACACUCGCAAUGUGUCUCGCCACCGCUGCAUCCAUCUUGAAACGGGAUCCGUUUCGAAUGAUAUUGUUUUCGGAUUUGGAGGAAAGUCUUUUCUAG